UUCUUCAGCGAAUUCAGAGCGCAGCGACUGACAAGCAAAGAAAAAUUGUCGUGAUGACGACGUUUCUAUCAACCCUUGUAGUGCUGGGUCUGACGGACCUGAACGCGGUGGCUGGACUAAUAAUUAGAGAAUCGUAUACUUUGCCCCCCAUCAAUUACACACAUGUGCCACCCAUUAAAUACACACUACCACCCAUUAAAUACACACUACCAGCCCCCACUGAAGACACAAAACCACCACCACCACCACCACCACCCACUGAUGAUGCAGGAGGAUUCCCCGAAAACCCAGACGGCGCUAUCUUCAGAACAACUCUCGAGGACGGGACGUUAAUAGUGACCGGGUUCUCAUCAAACCAAACCACGUCACCGGAUGGCAAACCCUACCCAGCGGAGGUCCACGAGCAUAGCAAAUUCCCCACACAGCAACCAGAUAGUGCAGACGACACUCACCGACAGGACAGAGUCUGUGACACACAGCUGGCGCCGCCCUACAUGGUGGACAAAAUUGGUGUGAUCCUUCUGGUUGAUCAGUGUCGGACUGUGGAUUACUGGAUCACACUGUGGUGGGUUUACUGGGGAAAUAAUUGGUGGCCUGUCAUGAACUACCCCUGGUGGGGAUGGCACUGGUAUCACUGGUGGUACUGUCUAUCAAGUCGAUGCAGAGCCGCCAUUUUUGAAGGAAGUAGGUUACGAUUUUUGUGCUGGCGUUGUAGAACGGAGUGGGGCUGGAAACGUGUGCUGAUAUGGUAUUACAAGAAUCUGCGUUGGAUUUGGAUCCGUGCACCUGUCGGGUGUUGCUGCGACUCUAGGAGACCGUGGUGGUGGUGCUAGUCUACACGUCACGUGACGUCACGCCAUCUGAUUAUCUUCAACAAGAUAAAAAAUACAUGCACUGGCAUAUAUACUGCUUUGUAUGUAGCUCUUGAGUAUAAUACGCCAAUAGAUAUUUAUGGAGGAGCAAUCGGUACAAAAUUCUUAUAGACUACCACAUGUAACUUUUUGUCCGAAGUACAGAAUAAGCUGACUUGGACUAUGAUUUAUGUUUAGAUCUAAAGCUGACUACCGGUAUUUGUUUUAGGCCUACUGAGAUUUAAUACAUAGUAUUGUGCAACCAUAUCUCUCUCUGUCUGUACGAGUAUAGAAAGAUGCGUGAAUAAAGAAAUCAAAU